CAGCCUUUAUUUAUAGAGAAAUCAUGGGUUCUGGCUGCAUUAAAAUUUUAUCCGGCAAUUUGAUAAGUUUUUACGUCCAAUGAAGACAGCGCGGUCGCAUAAUCUCCAAUUUCCCAUCUCAGAUUUCCAUCUCCUCCAACCUAAAGCAUCGAAUGAUAGGCAAGCAACAAUGGGAAAUGCAGUCGCCAAUCUAUUCAAAGGGCUCUUUGGCAAGAAGGAAAUUAAAGUAUUGAUGGUUGGUUUGGAUAACGCUGGUAAAACCACAAUUCUGUACAAACUUAAAGUAGGCGAAGUUGUACCAGGGAUACCUACAAUUAGUUUCAAUAUGGAGACUGUUGAAUACAAGAAUAUUACCUUUACAGUGUGGGAUGUGGGCAGCCAAGACAGAAUUCGUCCAUUGUGGACACAAUACUUCCUAGACAUAACACAAUUUCUCAUCUUCGUCGUUGACAGCAGUGACCGAGAGCGUAUCGAUGAGGCGAGCAAUGACUUGAGGCGUAUGAUGGCGCAGGACGAGCGUCGAGUCUUGCUAAUAUUCGCCAACAAAGAGGAUCUGCCAAAUGCAAUGAGUGCAGCUGAAGUAGCCGACAAGCUUGGUUUGCACUCAUUGACCAACCGCAACUGGCACGUUCAAUCGACGUGUGCCACUAACGGCGAUGGGCUCUACAAGGGACUCGAGUGGUUGUCUAAACAAUUGAAGAAAGCUAAUCGCUAAACAAACUAUAACUAUAACCACAACAUGAUAAAGACAUUCCAACAACUAAAACCUCCAGAAUACAGAUAAACGACACAGGAAAACGAUUAUUGGUCAGCCAAGAAAUUUAAUCCGAUUUCCAUGAAAAGAAAAUAUGCUGCCUGUAACCCUAGAGAACCCCAGAAGUAUACGAUUACGAUGUACGUAGGAACGUGAGGCCUGAGAAUGUAGUUGGAAGUAAAGACAUUAAGCCUUAUUGAAUAUAAUCAUAGAAUUGCAAUGAUAGAUGUCUCAAGCCAGACGUUCACGGAAGCUCCAGUUUUCACUUUCGCAAAGACAACGAUUUAAUUUUCAAAACGGACAGCAUUUCCUCGUCGAAAUGAAAAGUAAACCGCUAUGUACAGAAAAAUAUAUGUGAAUUAUUGAUGUAUUAAAAUAUAUUUGACACCAUUA